AUUUCAUUAUAAAAACAAAGUAGUAGCCAGCUCUCUUGAGUCAUCAUAAACUUUCUGCUAUGGCGAUUACACUCGGUUACAUUGACAUUGUUCUAGCCUUCAUAAUUUUAUACUUGAUGCAUCGAUGGUGGCUCGACAGGAAGGCUCCCAUCAGAAACUGGCCUGUACUCGGGAUGGUGCCUGGGCUUCUCCACAACGCAAGGCGGAUACACGAAUUCGUCACCGACAAACUGAGGCAAUCCCGGUGGACAUAUAACGUCAAAGGACCCUGGUUCGCCGGUAUGGACUUCGUCAUCACCAGUGAUCCGAUGAACAUUCACCACAUCUGCAGCAGAAACUUCGACAACUAUCCCAAGGGCCGUGAGUUCAAGGAGAUUUUCGAUGUCCUGGGAGAGGGCAUUUUCAAUGCCGACGGUGAAAUGUGGAGAAUUCAGAGGAAAGUGCUGCAUUCGUUGUUCAAGAACAAGAAGUAUGAGUCGGCUUUAGUUAGAACCUUCAACAGAAAAGUGGAAAAUGGCUUGUUCCCGGUUCUUGAUCAUGCCUCAGAGUUGAAAAUCACGCUGGAUUUGCAAGACGUUUUUGAGCGUUUCACCUUUGAUAAUAUCUGUAAAUUGGUUUUAGGAUCCAACCCGGGUUCUCUUUCUGUUGGAUUUCCACCGAAUGAGUAUGAAAAGGCGUUUACCAAGAUGGAGGAGGCCGCUUUUUACCGGCAAAUCCAGCCGGAAAGUUGUUGGAAGCUGCAAAAAUGGCUUCAAGUUGGAGAAGAGAAAAAGUUUCAGAUUGCUGGUGAAACUUUUUAUAAAUUCUUGAAUGACUGCAUCUCGGUGAAGAAAGAAAGAUUAAGCUGGCGGAGAAAAGCCGAUGAGGAGGAGGAAGAAGAAGAAUUUGACUUAUUAGCAGCCCUUUUGGAAGAAGAAGAAGCCAUAGAUGAAUUUAAAAACAGUGGUUUCACAAUGACUGAUGAACUUUUUAGAGACAUUUCAUUCAAUCUGAUCGCCGCCGGCAGAGACACCAUAAGUUCAGGCCUCACUUGGUUUUUCUGGCUCGUCGCAACACACCCAUCAGUAGAAUAAAAAAUUCUUGCAGAAAUAAAAUCAAAUAUUCAAAAAAAUGGCGACCGUGAGAGAAUCGUUGAAAUUGCAGAUGAUGAUUUGAAGAAAUUCAUUUAUCUCCACGCCGCCUUCUGUGAAACGUUAAGACUGUACCCGCCGCUGCCAAUCAACCACAAAACGGCUGCGAAAGCAGACGUUCUUCCCAGUGGUCAUUUUGUGAAGAGAAAUGAAAGGGUGUUGCUUUCGUUUUACACAAUGGCCAGGAUGGAGGAAAUAUGGGGAGAAGAUUGCUUAGAAUUCAAGCCAGAGAGGUGGAUUUCGAAGACGGAAGGGCUUGUUCAUGUUCCUUCUUAUAAGUUUGUAGCAUUUAAUGCUGGACCCAGAAAUUGUUUGGGGAAGGAUCAGAGUUUCAUUCAGAUGAAGAUGGCUGCCAUUGUUAUCAUCAAGAAUUAUCAUGUGCAGGUGGUGGAAGAUCAUCCUGUCUCGACAAGUGACUCCGUUAUUCUUCGUAUGAAGCACGGUUUAAAGGUUCGGAUUUCCAAGAGAAAGACCUGUUGAAGAAGAAGAUAUGUACAUCAACUUAAAGGCACGGAAAUGAUCCAUGCAACUAAAAUAAAAUAAAAUCUGAGUUGAUGUAUUUGCAAUAUAUAAUAUUACUUAUUCUCAUUCGGCCAAA